AUGAAUUUUGUACUGUUGAAUCACAUAUUCAUAUUACUAACAAUACACGCAAGAUUUCACUUGGAUUUGGUAGAAUGUUUGUAG